GUGACAUUAACUCAUCGCUGGCAUAUUUACACGCAGCGCCUUUGCCGUUAUCCCUCUUCAUAAGCUUAAACCCUCUUUCUCACCAUAAACCCUUAAACCAUGAAAUUGGAAUUCGAAUGAGUCUCUCACUCUCACGACAAUGAUUCAACUUCAACGGAGCGUCUUCUCCACAACCACCACCACUCCCUCACUUCGCCACCUCAUGUUGCAACUCAGGUCGUUUCACAAUCCGUUAAUUUCACCGCCGUACGUGAAUUUAACAAAAAACACCGUCAACCGCCGUAGCCGUUUUCCCUUCCGUUCUUUCGCUGUUAUCAACCAUGAAUUCACUACUUUGAAAUCCGUUACGUCCGUUAACGGUUUCGGUUAUCCGUUUUCGGCGAAUGGCGUUGGUAGGUGCUUGCCGUUUUCGUCUGGAACGGAGAAGAGUAAACGGAAGAAAACGGUAAAAGCUGUUGCGGUUCCCGGUAAGGAUGAUAAGGAUGUGAGUUCUACUGUUAAUAAUGUGGAUUUUGGGAAAACUGGUUUGAGUGAAGAGUCUAAGAGUGAUAAACAAGAAUCUAAAGUUAAUACUGCUAAAAAGAAGAAAAAACCGUCGCCUGGUAAGAAGAAAGAUGUUAAGACUGCUGCGACCGAUUCGUCGGAAGUCGUUGGUGAAGAAGUUUCUAUAAAACCCUCUUCCAAAGUGAAGAAGGAAAAGAAGACUAAUUUAAAGGAGAGUUCGUCCAUCAGCACUUCAGAAGAAAUACAAGAUGAUUCUGCUUCUACAAGAUCAAAGAAGAAGGAUGUAAACUCUAGUCAGGUUGAUCUGGAGAAACCGCUAGGGAAGUUUUCAGGAAAACCACUGUAUCCUCCCUCAGGAAAAUCUGUGGUGGUUGUGGAGUCUGUUACAAAGGCAAAGGUUAUUCAGGGAUACCUUGGUGAUAUGUAUGAAGUCUUGCCAAGCUAUGGUCAUGUAAGAGACUUGGCUGCGAGAUCUGGAUCUGUGCGACCCGACGAUGAUUUUAGUAUGGUGUGGGAAGUUCCAUCCUCUGCUUGGUCUCACUUGAAGAACAUCAAUGCUGCGCUGAGCGGAGCAGAAAAUCUUAUUCUUGCAUCAGAUCCUGAUCGUGAGGGAGAGGCUAUCGCUUGGCACAUAAUUGAGAUGUUACAACAACAGGGAGCUCUGCACGAUAAUAUUUUUCUGGCUAGAGUUGUCUUUCAUGAAAUAACUGAAAAAUCUAUAAAAACUGCUUUGCAAGCACCACGAGAGAUUGAUGUAAAUUUGGUUCAUGCUUACCUUGCACGAAGGGCCCUUGAUUAUUUGAUUGGGUUUAACAUUUCGCCAUUACUAUGGAGGAAGUUACCAGGUUGCCAAUCAGCAGGAAGAGUUCAAUCUGCUGCACUUUCUCUUAUAUGUGAUAGAGAAAUAGAAAUUGAUCAAUUUAAACCCAAGGAGUAUUGGACUGCAGAGGUCCAUUUUAAUAUGAGAGAGAGUUCAAACAAGGACCUAACAUUUCUUGCUCAUCUUACCCAUUUUGAUUCCAACAAGUUGAAUCAAUUUUCGAUUACUUCUGAUGUGGAGGCAAGGGAUAUUGAAAGCAAAAUAAACUCUGCAGAGUUUCAGGUUAUUAACAUGAAAAGAAGCAAAGUUCGAAGAAAUCCUCCAACACCUUAUAUAACAUCAACACUUCAGCAAGAUGCUGCGAACAAAUUGAAUUUCUCAGCAAGUCACACAAUGAAGCUUGCUCAGAAACUCUACGAGGGAGUUGAACUGCCUAAUGGUAUAUCAGUGGGAUUAAUAACAUACAUCAGAACUGAUGGACUCCAUAUUUCUGAGGAAGCUGUUGCCAAUAUUCGCUCCCUGAUCAUUGAAAGGUAUGGACAAAACUUUGCUGCACAAACUCCACCAAAGUAUUUUAAAAAGGUGAAAAAUGCACAAGAAGCCCAUGAAGCCAUUAGACCGACUGACAUACGCAAGUUACCAUCAACACUUGCUGGGGUACUAGAUGAAGAAUCCUUGAAGCUAUACACACUUAUUUGGACAAGAACAGUUUCAUGUCAGAUGGAACCAGCUAUUCUUGAGAAGAUACUACUUGAUAUUGGAAAUGCUGAUCAGUCUAUUAUGUUACGGUCUGUUAGCUCAAAGGUUGAUUUUCCUGGAUACCGGGCAGUUUUUAAGGACAUUGACACUGAAGCUGGACAAGAUAAAGACAGUGAUGGAUCAAAUCAUGAUCAAGCUUUUGAGGUUCUAAAUUCCUUAAAGACAGAGGAUCAGUUACAUCUUGUUCAAACUGAGCUGAGUCAGCACCAUACACAACCACCACCACGUUACUCCGAAGCAUCAUUGGUUAAGAAGCUGGAAGAGCUUGGGAUUGGAAGACCUUCAACAUAUGCAAGCACAUUAAAAGUCUUACAGGAUAGGAACUAUGUGACAGUAAAAAGCCGUGUUCUUUCUCCAGAAUUUCGUGGUCGUAUGGUUUCAGCUUUUCUGUCACAUCAUUUUUCAGAGGUCACAGACUACAGUUUCACUGCUGAUAUGGAAACUGAGCUUGAUAAUGUUUCUGCUGGAAUAACCAAAUGGAAAGGCCUCCUUGGAGAUUAUUGGACGCGGUUUAAAUCAUAUUGUGAGCGCACUUCUAAUGUUCAUAUUCAUCAGGUUGAGAAGAUGCUAGAAAAAAAAUUUGUGGAUUAUUUAUUUGGUUCUCUUCCAGAUAAGAGCAGGGUGUGUCCAAGUUGUAUGGAAGGCACACUGAUAUUUAAAGUAAGUAGAUUUGGUGCUGGCUACUUUAUAGGCUGUGAUCAACAUCCGAGGUGCAAGUACAUUGCUAAAACAUUGUAUGGUGAUGAGGAGGAGGAAGAGACACCUCAUCUAAACAUUGUGAUGGAGGAACCAAAACUCCUAGGUUUUAAUAGUGGUUCAAAUGAAAAGAUCCUUUUGAAAAGUGGUCCUUAUGGAGUCUAUGUUCAGCUCGGAGAAGACAAGAAGGGAUACACACCUAAAAGAGUCUCUGUUCCUCAUGUCAAGGAUUUGGACUCUGUCACCCUUGAAGAUGCACUUGCAUUGCUACAAUAUCCAUUGACAUUGGGUACGCAUCCCAAGGAUGGACAGCCUGUCAUAUUAAAGGUUGCAAAGGUUGGCUAUUCUAUUAGACAUCGACAUACAAUUGCAUCUGUUCCUAAGAAUAUGAAGCCAGGUGAUAUCACCUUGGAAAAGGCCCUUGAACUUUUAUCAGGUAAGGAUGUGAGACGUUGUGGUCGGCCCAAAAACAAGCCCAGAGUUGAAGCUAUUGAAGCUUACUAAGAUUUUGACCUGGAUAAUUUGCACGAGCGCGGAGUUUUUACGUGAUUGACAUUAACUUAUGCCUGAAGAAACUAGCUAUGUUCAACAAUACAGCAACCAAGAGUUGCAACACCCAGUCCCAGAUGAGUUAGUGAAGAUUCUUUUAUGGAGCCAAAUGAAGAUUCUUCUAUGGAGCCAAAUGUAUACCAGUAAUGUAGUUUCUUAUGAAUUUUGUUCCAUGUCUCUUUUUUUGGCUAACUGUGUAUAUAGGCUGGCCAAUCCGAUUUAUUUGAUAGAAUUAUAAUUUUCCUUUUGUUGUACUAUAUGCUGACUUAUAGGCAACUCCCUGAGCGCUGAUAUUUUGUUUGGCCAAAGGGUUGAUAUUCUUUUAGCCUUAAUUUAUAUUUUAAGGAGAUUCACCGCAAAUUCACAAUAAAGUCGAUAAGUUAUGUUGCCUGUUGACUUGA